CGCUGAUAUAGUCUGCCCGUGUGAUUGAUAAGUAUAUAAUAGAAGUGUCUUCGACUCUGAGCAAGUUAGUUGAUUUGGAAAUUUUUAUCUGUCAACUUCGCAUAAUAAAUUGCACUCGGCAUGUUUGGUCUCUCGAAAAAAUUAGUAGCCGGCGGAUUCAUUGCAUUUGCUCUUUUCAUUCUUAUCAUCACCGCUUGUGUCGUAUUUUUGAAGAUAUUGACAGAAGAAGAAGAAACUUCAAUUAAAAAAUUCAUCAGUGAUUCAGACCUUGGAAAAUUUAAAAAGGCAGCAGUGUCAACAAAUGGACGAGAAUGCGCGGGUAUAGGAAAUAGUAUGCUUCUUAAAAAUGGAAGUGCAGUCGAUGCUGCAAUAGCAACAUUACUAUGUGAAGGAAUCGCAUCACCUCACAGUAUGGGUCUUGGAGGUGGAUUUUUAAUGACAAUUUGGGACGCUAAGACCAAGAAAGCGGAAUUCCUCAAUGCCAGGGAAACUGCGCCGGCAAAAGCUACCAGAGAUAUGUACGGCGGUAAUGCGACUGCAUCUAUGUUUGGUGGUAAGGCAAUUGCGGUUCCUGGAGAACUGUUGGGAUACUGGGAAGCGCACCAAAAAUACGGGAGACUACCGUGGGCAGAUUUAUUCACGCCAACCAUUAAAUUGUGUGAAGAAGGAAUUGAAAUGAAUCGUUAUCUCGAUGAGAGAUUAAAAAGUAAAAUAUCUUAUAUCCGGGCAGAGCCUACUUUGGCUGAAAUUCUUAUCAAUCCAAAAACAAAUUCAACGUGGACUAUCGGAGAUCGAUUAAAAAGACCUAAAUUAGCAGAAACAUUGAAGGCUAUAGCUAAACACAAUGUUAGUAUUUUUUACAAUGGCAGCAUGGGUGAAGAAAUCGUUAAAGAAAUCCAAGGCUUCGGAGGAAUCAUUGACAUGAACGACUUACGGAAUUACAGAGUUCAAUGGAAAGAUCCAAUAACGUCCAAGCUCGGUAAUUUAACGAUACACACUGCGGGAUUACCUGGCUCGGGAUUAAUAUUGACUUUCAUACUCAAAGUCCUCGAAAAAAUACUUCCGAUGGAUAUUAGCAAAGAAACAUUCUGGCAGCGUAUCGUUGAAACCUUCAAGUGGGGAUACGCUCAUCGGACUGAACUAGGCGAUGAUAGGUUCGUAGAUCUAGAUAGUUUGAAACGCAAUCUCACGGCUGAAAGUUACGCUGAAGAAAUACGAAUAAAAAUUAAAGACAAGUGGACGAGUAAUGAUCCGAAAUUUUAUGGUGCAGUAACUGCAACUCCGACCGAUUCUGGGACUGCUCAUGUUUCCGUACUCGCUCCUGAUGGAUCCGCUGUUUCUGUAACUUCUACAAUUAAUCAAGUAUUUGGUGCAAUGAUACGCUCUAAGUCAACUGGAAUUAUAUUUAACGACGAAAUGGAUGAUUUUAGCUCUCCAAAUAUUACCAAUGGAUUCGACUUACCUCCUUCGCCGGCAAAUUUUAUUGAACCCUACAAAAGCCCGCUUAGUUCGAUGACUCCAACAAUCAUCGUAGACGAUAAAGGAGAGGUUCAAUUAGUUGUCGGCGCAGCUGGAGGCACAAAAAUAACAACUGGAGUAGCAUUGACAAUAAUAUUAAAUCUUUGGCGAGGACACACUAUCAAGGAAGCUGUCGAUGCUCGAAGGCUUCACCAUCAACUACUGCCUAUGAGACUUGAAGCUGAACCAAAGUUCGAUGAACAAAUAUUAGAAUAUUUAAAGAGUCUUGAACACAAUGUUUCUUUUUACGGAGGUCUAGGAAGCGCAGUCACGGCAAUAUCGAGAAUAAAUCAUCCAGGCGUGACAGCAAAUUCUGACUACCGGCGAAUCGGAUCAAUCGCUGGUUUUUAAAUAAAAUCUCAAAUUUUUAUCUUUAAUCCUCAGUCAUGAUAAAGUAUUAUUAUCCUAAUCUUAGCUAAUGUACAUAUUUAUUGAAUUCAUCCACUCAUUCUCUAUUAUUCACUUAAAAACUAAAAUAACUUAGAUAAU